UCCGGUAAAUUCAAAAUGGCGGAUUUUCGGAAAAAUGGUUCGGAGCUAAACAGGGUAGAUCAAGUAUAAAUACAGAAAACAACAAACAAUACAUCGGAUAAAUUAACAGUUAGCUGUACUGAUACAAAGUGAGCAGCCGUAAACAAGGGAUUUGCUUGUUUUAUUCGAGUUUUAUCGUUUUAACUUUGUAGCAUCCUCUUUUAAAGUUGUGUUGCUGCUGCAGAGUGAGACAUGGCAGAGGAGCGCAGACAGAAGCUGUGUUCGGUGAUCUUGCCCACAGAAUCCAUGAAGGCGAUGGCGGAGUCAGUGGGAGUGGGCUCCCUGCAGGAAGACAGCUGUCUGGCCCUCAGUGAAGAGGUCAGCUACAGGAUCAAAGAGAUCACCCAGGACGCACUGAAGUUUAUGCACCACGGUAAAAGACGCAAACUUACUACAGGCGACAUUGACCACGCUCUUAAACUGAAAAACGUGGAGCCUCUGUAUGGAUUUCAGUCUCAAGAGUUUAUCCCAUUUCGCUUUGCAAGUGGAGGCGGCAGAGAAUUGCACUUCUAUGAAGAAAAGGAAGUGGAUCUUAGUGAUAUCAUCAACACACCCCUCCCUAGAGUCCCUCUUGAUGUUUCGCUCAAAGCUCACUGGUUAAGUAUCGAUGGUGUCCAGCCUGCGAUACCAGAGAACCCACCUCCAGUUCCUAAAGAGCAGCAAAAGACAGAUUCCACAGAGCCACUCAAAGCUGUCAAACCUGGACAGGAAGAGGAAGGCUCUAUCCAGGCCAAGGGUCAGAGUGCAAGCUCUGCUGAAGUCAAAGGAAAAGAGAAGAUGCGGAUGAAACCACGUAGCACACAUGAGCUCUCUGUAGAGCAGCAGCUCUACUAUAAAGAAAUCACAGAAGCUUGUGUGGGAUCCUGUGAAGCCAAAAGAGCGGAAGCACUGCAGAGCAUAGCAACAGACCCAGGGCUAUACCAGAUGCUGCCAAGAUUCAGUACCUUCAUCUCUGAGGGUGUCCGCGUAAAUGUCGUUCAGAAUAACCUGGCUCUGCUGAUAUACUUAAUGAGGAUGGUGAAGGCUUUAAUGGACAAUCCAACUCUAUAUUUAGAGAAAUAUCUGCAUGAGUUGAUUCCAGCUGUAGUGACGUGUAUUGUGAGUAAGCAGCUAUGUCUGAGACCUGAUGUGGACAAUCACUGGGCUCUGCGAGACUUUGCUGCCCGGCUGAUGGCUCAGAGCUGCAAGACUUUUAGCACAACAACCAACAACAUCCAGUCACGCAUCACCAAGACCUUUACUAAGGCAUUGUUGGAUGAUAAAACUCAGUGGACAACUCGUUAUGGCUGCAUUGCUGGGCUUGCAGAGCUUGGGCAUGAUGUGAUAAAGACAUUGAUCAUCCCCCGGCUAUCUGUUGAAGGUGCUCGUAUUAAAGCUGUGAUGGAUGGACCAGUGGUGUCCAACAUUGAUAAGAUUGGAGCUGAUCAUGUCCAGAGUCUAUUACUGAAACACUGCGCAAGUGUGGUUGCUAAAACUAGACCACUCCCAGAUGUAGUGGAUCAGUACAAGGCAGAUUAUGGUUAUCUUGGCACCAUGCUUUGUUCACAUGUGGUAAAGGCCCGUGCACAGGCUGCUUUCCAGGCCCAAACUGUUAACAGAACCACACUUACUAUCACACAGCCUCGCCCAACCCUGUCAGUGUCUCAGAGUGGAUUAUCAGCAUCAAGUGGUUCACGCACACCCAGCAUUAUUAAAGUUCCUGGUUCACUAAGCCUCAUUUCCACUCGCCCUGGAACACCCACCCAGCCUUCACCCCCAGCAACCAAAUAUAUAGUCAUGGCAACAAGUGCAGGAGCUGCAUCCACUCAGCAGGUAAUCACUCUCAGCUCCUCCCAGUCUGGCUCUCCUGUCACAAGUACAGUGCCCAGCACCCCCACUUCUUUACAGCCACUCGUCAAAAUGGAGUCCGGAAACACGGGUGCUGUGAGCGGCUCGCGCCCUCUUCAGAAAUACAUUGUGGUGUCUUUACCAUCAUCGUCUUCCUCACUGGAGAACAAGGGCUCUGGUGUCCUCCCGUCCUCUACCUCACCAAUCAGCAUGGAGUCAGCUGUCAAGCUGGAACGCUCGGAAUCACCGGCUGCGAACACGCAGUCGCCACAUUGAAACUCACAUUUGCUUACACCACCAAGAUACAGAAGAACAAUACAUGUAGCUUAAGACUUGUAAUCGUGCUUACACAUUACUUUCAAACAAACUGACACACGUGAAUUAGCAAAGCGAGCAAAUAGCUAUGCACACUUUGACCGUAAGACUCACUCACAGAUAUUUACACUGUGUACAUAGAGCAUAUAUCCAGUGUGUGUAAAAACAUUCGUAAUCAAUCAUGUAUACACAAAUACUGUAUAUAUAAAAAUAGUUGUUGUGGCUGAAAGCACAGAGAAGCUGUAACAAUGACAGCCAUACACACAUACAGAAUGGAAAUUGAUUGUGGGGGGGUGUGUGUGUGUGUGUGUGUGUGUGUGUGAUAGCACAAGUCUUCAGGGUUUAGCUGUAGCCAUGCUUCAUUCAUGAACGUAAGGAUAUGGUUGUAUUUAUAAUUGGAAAAGGAACAAUAGAUGUGGAAUGUGUGGGGAGAAAAAAUGCGAGACAAGUGGGUUCAUCACUGUCUAAUCUACAUUUGUAUACUUAAGCACAUGCUUGCUUCAUGUAUAAAAACUGGGCAUUUAUAGGGUUUAAUGAACCGUUUAACUGAUUUACUGUUUCAUGUUUAUUUUGGAUCUUCUAUAAUAAAGAUGUUUUUGUUUUUUUUUUAAA